AUUCCCAGUAUGCACCGCGGACAGACCAGCGAAAAAUAGUCCGCUAGCGAGAGGCUGAGAAAAGGGAACUAGGUAAGGUUAGCCGGGACUAGCUACACUCGCCAAGCGGAUCAAGCGUUCGAGCGAAACUGCGAACAUGGCCGAUAACGAGAAACUGGACAACCAGCGGCUGAAGAAUUUCAAGAACAAGGGCCGCGAUUUGGAGACUAUGAGAAGACAGAGGACUGAGGUGGUUGUGGAACUCCGCAAGAACAAAAGAGACGAGCACCUUUUGAAGAGGAGAAACGUACCCCAUGAGGACAUCUGUGAGGACUCCGAUGCCGACGGAGAUUUCAGAUCGCAAAAUACAUCUCUUGAAGCAAUAGUACAAAAUGCCACCAGUGAUAACCAGGGCAUCCAGUUGAGUGCUGUACAGGCUGCCAGGAAGCUGUUAUCAAGUGACCGUAACCCUCCCAUAGAUGAUCUGAUCAAGUCUGGGAUCCUUCCCAUUCUGGUGCACUGCCUGGAUAGAGAUGACAACCCGUCUCUCCAGUUUGAGGCUGCCUGGGCUCUGACCAACAUAGCAUCCGGUACCUCGGAGCAGACUCAAGCUGUGGUCCAGUCCAAUGCUGUGCCACUGUUUCUGAGGCUCCUCCACUCUCCUCACCAGAAUGUGUGUGAGCAGGCCGUCUGGGCUCUGGGCAACAUCAUAGGCGAUGGCCCCCAGUGCAGAGACUAUGUGAUAAGCUUGGGUGUGGUCAAGCCACUGCUCUCCUUCAUCAGCCCCUCCAUUCCCAUCACCUUCCUCCGUAACGUCACCUGGGUUAUGGUCAAUCUUUGCCGCCACAAGGAUCCCCCACCUCCUAUGGAGACGAUCCAGGAGAUCCUGCCAGCUCUCUGCGUGCUCAUCCACCACACCGACAUUAGUAUCUUGGUGGACACAGUGUGGGCUCUGUCUUACUUGACAGACUCUGGGAACGAGCAGAUCCAGAUGGUCAUCGACUCGGGCAUCGUCCCUCACCUGGUACCCCUGCUCAGUCAUCAGGAGGUCAAAGUUCAGACUGCUGCUCUGAGGGCAGUGGGGAACAUAGUGACUGGUACAGAUGAACAGACUCAGGUUGUCCUAAACUGUGACGCCCUCAGCCACUUCCCUUCACUCCUCACACACCCCAAGGAGAAGAUCAACAAGGAGGCAGUAUGGUUCCUGUCCAACAUAACGGCAGGUAAUCAGCAACAGGUGCAGGCCGUCAUUGACGCCAAGCUAGUGCCCAUGAUCAUCCACCUGCUUGACAAGGGUGACUUUGGCACACAGAAGGAAGCAGCCUGGGCCAUCAGCAACCUAACGAUUAGUGGAAGGAAAGACCAGGUCGCACACCUGAUUGAGAAACAGGUGAUCCCACCAUUCUGUAACCUGCUCACAGUGAAGGAUGCCCAGGUGGUGCAGGUCGUCUUGGAUGGCCUGAGCAACAUCCUUAAGAUGGCAGAUGAUGAGGCCGAAACAAUUGCUAACCUCAUCGAGGAAUGCGGAGGUUUGGAGAAGGUGGAGCAGUUGCAAAAUCAUGAAAAUGAGGACAUCUACAAACUGGCCUAUGAAAUAAUUGAUCAGUUCUUUUCAUCCGAUGACAUUGAUGAAGACACCAGCCUGGUCCCAGAGGCCAUCCAGGGUGGAACUUACGGCUUUAACUCCUCCACCAACGUGCCAGCAGAGGGGUUCCAGUUUUAGAGCGCAUCUGGGGGUACUCUGGAGUUUUGUUCGCGAUGCAGCACUCUGUUCAACAAAAAAAAUUAGGAGAGAAAGCGCGCGCGAGAGAGAGCGAGAGUGUGAGAGAAAUUAGAUCCAUUGUGCUUGGCUCGUGGGAUCCAUGGCUGCAUCUUAUCUGAGAGAAAAAAUGUGUGGAUUUCAUUUGGCAUUCCAGGGGAACCAGCCCAAAUGAAGUUUGAGAUGGCGAGUGGGUGCGAGUGAGAAUGAGUGGCUACAUGUUGCAAAAUAAGCAAAACAUCUACAUCGAAUGCGUUGAGAGACAUGCCAACAUAACUUCCACGUUAUCGGAGCUGUCGUCUAAAAAACUGAAAACUACAAAUGACAACAAACAAAAACUCGAUGUCCACCCGUGGAGAACCAAGGACACCAAAAAAAAUAAGAUGUCUUGAGAUAUUGCAACACAACAAAUACGGUAAAAAUAAACAACAGUAAUUAUGGACUGAGACGAACCCAUAUCACAAUUCUGCGGUCCUCCGACCAGAGGGGGUGCCACCCUCAAUGUGCCCCUCCCCUAAUCGGCCACGCUAUCAGACAUGUGUGUGAAUGGACCCAUUGUGUAUGAAUGUCUGGACUCAGCACUGAGGAGCCAGGUUCAUCUCCUCCAACAACAGGCCCUGACAGGGCGCCUCCCUCUCGCCCUGAUUGGCGGGGCCAGGAGUCCAGCUGCGCGUGACGCAUGUGCGAAAGAAUGGAAGGAUGAGUGGUGUGUGCUUGCCUGCGUGCGUGCGUGACUGGGAGUGUGCAAGACUGGAUGAAACGGUAUGCAGAGAGAGAGAGACAGAGAGAGAGAGAGGGGGGGUGGAUGGGAAACAUGCAAACAAAUACAACUGAAGAGAAACAAAAUCAAGAAAUGUAUUGGCAGGAAUUGAAAUUCUGCCUUUUAAAGAGAGGCUGAUCUAAAAAAAAUCCCUGAAAGAAGAACUUUGGAUAUGACAUAAAAAAGUCAUCGUCAUGAGAAUUUUUUGUUUUGAGUUAUUGUUAAGUUAGUAUUAAUUGACACUGGACAAUGCUUUUGGCAGGUGUGGAGCAGUGGUGCAUUGUAUUAAGAUGGAUUUGGUGGCUUUUGGGCUUUUCGUUUUGCCUCCAGUGUGUUUCCUUUUUAUGAUAUAUAUUUUUUAUUUUCAGCUUUUAGUUUCAUUGCUUGUGUAAAGGUGACUGAUCAUAAUCCACUCUCGCACCAGAAACCUAACUAACACACCAUACAUUGGCUUGACGCUGUAGAGUUCCGACACCAUUACUAUAAUAAAACAAAUGACCCGGGUGUUCUCCUAGCGAGAUUUCAUGUUGAUCCCCCUGUGAGAUUUCAUGCCAAGCCAAUUUCUUUUUCUUCCUUCAACAAAAUCACUUAUUCGCAGCACUGUUGCCAUAGCUUUGGUUUAUCCCAAGGGGAAAAUGAGAACAAUGGCCAUUUAAGUAGGUUUGUGAUUCAUAACCUUUGCAUGUACUAAACUAUAGCACAGUUAUUUUUUAGGUUAUCUUAGUUUCCUUAGGCUGUGUAUACAGUGUAAUUUUUAUUUUUAAGUAAAACUGUGCUGUUUAAAUGUUACAUGUCUCCCCUAUCCCUUAACUAGUUUUCAAUUUGCAAAAAUAUUUGAACAGUUUUGCACAUGGUAUUUACAGUGAGGCCUGAAGUCUUCUUGAAGGUGUGCCGGUUGGUUUUAAAAUAACUGCCAACAACCUCUAUAUUAUGCAUACUUCAACCACAAUCUGUUGUUUUACUGGUAGAGUAAUUCAUUGAUGCUUUUCUAGGGAUAUAUCAGAAAAUAACAGCCUUUCCCCAGGAGCAGCUCUAAUCUGCUUACCUAUCACAGCCAGUCUAAGAAGAUGCAAACUCCUUUUCUUAGGUCAAAGUUUGCCCCCACAAACUGGAGUUGUCCUCCCCGAGUUCUCCUUAUAAAAAUCGAAAACACCUACCUACCCUUACCACUACCCCCAUCCCUCCCCCUUACACCAACAAGGUGCCCAAGCUUAUCCUCUCCCAAUUUAUUUGUGUUAACUCUAAAACGCUGUAGUAAUGGAUUACACGUUGUGGUAAUAACCUUCUGUUGAA